AUGGAUGAAGAUAGAAUAGGUUUGGUCUUGGCAAGGGCUUCGGAGUUGAGGUCCAAGAUUGCCAACUGCAUUCGAGAAGUAACUUCUAAUGUGGAAAAUCAAGGAAGGGAAACAGAUAACAAGGAAUCUAAAGCAAGCCCAGUUGCAGAAAAUCAAGAAUUAGGUGAUGAUGAUGAUGAAGAAAUAGAGAGUUUGCUCAAUAUUAGAGAUUCCCUUGAAUCCCAGUUAUCUUCCCUACAGGCAUUACAGCAGCAGCAGUGGUAUGAGAAAGAAACGGCCAUGGCCGAAAUGGAGGACUGCCAGGAAAAGCUGCUCAAGAAGCUGAAGGAAUACAAUGGCAAGGACUUGGAAGUUAUUCAUGAGGCUAUUGAUUUUGCUGGCGAAACAGAGGACAAUAACUAUCUUCUCCUUCCUCCAUAUCCAAGUCGACCAUACAAUGGGCAUGUUUCAAUAUUUCCUUCCACACGAAAGUAUGCUCAAAAUGGGGCAAAAAGUGGUGGCCUAAACAAUUCCCUUGAGACGACAAAAAAUCUUAAAUCAGAAAGAAACCAGAUGCAUCCUGGGCUGAAAGGCCCAUUCAAUGGGAUGAAGUCAUUUCUUGGUGCAGCAGCCAGGACAGCUCUUACUAUUGUUGGGGUGAUCUCAGUUUUGAGUUUGGCUGGUUUUGAGCCAAGGCUAAAGAAGCGGGAUAAUCAAUUUAAGAUUUUAGGCGCAGUUCUGCUGCAAGGGACCAAUGAAAAAGGAACUUCUGAUAAUUGUCCACCAGGGAAAGUCCCAGGGAUUGAAAAUGGUGAAAUACGGUGUAUUGUGAAAGAGAGAUUUGAAAUUCCGUUUGAUGCAGUUGUUUCUUCGCCUGAUGUGAACUACGGGUGUGGGUGA